AUGGCCACUUUUCGCAGAGUCAUCACCUCGUUUCCCUCCUCGUCCUCCUCGUAUCCCUAUUCUAACACCGCGGCCCAGCCUGCUCCUUCCCUUUCUGGCACUGACUACCCGCACGAUCACCAGUCUUCACCAACCUCCCCGACGAUGAGAAAAAGACAGCGCACCCUCGACCAGCCCAACCCCGCAGACCCGGCACAGGCCCACCAGCAGCAGCCACAGCCAGUCACAGACGACGCGUUCAUCGCAGACAACGACGCAGUCGACAGCAAUGCAGAGGACGACGACGACGAUGGAGAGAAGCCAAAAUCAGACAAGAAGGCUGGCAGGAGAAAGAUCAAGAUUGAAUUCAUCCAGGACAAGUCCAGGCGCCACAUAACCUUCUCCAAGCGGAAAGCUGGAAUCAUGAAAAAGGCUUACGAAUUAUCAACCCUCACUGGAACACAAGUGCUGCUGCUUGUCGUUUCAGAGACAGGUCUCGUAUACACGUUUACGACCGCAAAGUUACAGCCUCUGGUUACUCAGCCAGAGGGCAAGAACCUCAUUCAGGCCUGCCUCAAUGCUCCACAGGGCUCGCUCCCUUCCUCCAUGCCGAUCGGGCCACCACUCAGUCGCUCGCAACCAAUGAACAUCCCGUCUGGUCCACCGCAGCCAACAACGAAUAACUUGCCUGGUGGUCUGUCCAUCAGUCCUUCGCAGGGUGGCACAACCAUCAAAGAGGAUGACUCGCAACAUGAUGAGGAUGAGGAGCAUCGAGCUGGGCCAAAACGCAGGCGCCGUGCGUCAACAGCUGCAUCAGGUGGCGCUAAUGUUAGCCCUCGGCCGGGGCAAACGUCCCCUCAUUCACCGAAUGCUUCCAUUCCUCCCCCUCUUAAUAUUCCCGGUCAACAGCAAGGUCAAUCGCAGUCGGUACAACAGGGCAACGCGGCACAAAUCAACAUUGGAUCGCCGACUUCCCCCCAACAAGGUCACUCGCAGGUGCCAGGCGCGGCGUCGCCAAGCAAUUACAACUCUGCUGGCCAGUACGCGCAACCCACUGCAGCACAUCACCCCGGCGACCCUGGAUCAGGAAUGUACAGUCCGCAUAUGAUGCAGGCUCCAGCGGCACAUUCGUACUAUACGGGCGGGCCGGGGCAACCUGGUGCAGCCCAACAGAUGUCAAACAUGUCGCAGCAACAAGCGCAUGGUCACUGGGCACAGCCAACCCCUCCCCAACAAGUGCAAGGCCAUUAUGGAGGGCGCAGGUGA